AUGACGCCAAUCCAGCCGCAAUGCCAGGCCCUACGUUUGUCUGAUGGCCAGACAUGCCAGGAUGUCGCGACAAACGCAAACGGCCUCUUCUGCAGGCUCCAUGCCAAGCAGGCUUUUGGUCUAUACAAGGGUUACAAACGGCGUAAUGCCCAACUAGACGCGAUAGACGAUGAAGCCCCGGCCUAUCUUAAAAACUCCCACGUCCCUCUCGCCAACGACAAUUUUGAGCGCAUCCAAGACGAGACGGUGCUUCGACAAGUGCACUCCCAUCUGUUUGAGAAGUAUGUCUUGUUCAGCAAGGUCAUCGAUGCACGCAAGCUGCACCACAAACACUUCUACCCACUUCAGGUUGACUAUGGUCACCAAGCAUACCUUGACAAGCUUAGCAGCCAACGUCAUACUGUAUUAUACGAGAAGGAGAAAUGGUUUACUUGGGUCCGCAAAGUACAGGAGACGGAAGAAGCAAAUGGCGAGAAGGAGCAGAAGAAGGUGAAGCAGGAAGCUGCCCUCUUCAAACGUCAUAUAAAGAAUCUGCAAACCAGGCUAGACCUCAUUCGACAAAGGGAGGAAAAGAAGCGCCAAGACGCAUACCUUGAGGAUGCAUAUAGAGAGCGAAUGUCCACGUCGACGGAUGAGGCAGACGACGAUGGAGACUGUGAUCCUAUUGAAGAUGCGGAACACGACAAAAGAGACAAUUACAUUGACUUGAUUAAGCACUUUCUCUGGAUGCAAGUACUGGAUGCGGGUGAGGAUCCUGUACGCGCGGCUGGUUCAGACGCUACCGCUCAAGAGGCUGGCCACAGCAGUGAGCCGCAGGCAACCGCCACCAAGUCCAAAAAGAAGCAAAAGGCCAAGGGCAAAGCAGCUUCUAAUAAUGGAUCCCGUGGAUCUUCAGGUUCUCCCAACGUGGCUAGUAGAGGGCAGAAGAGACUCUUGGCAAUGCAGGAAAGCGGACAAGCUACGACUGGACCCGACCAGCAGGAGCCAAACAUGAUCAACAUUGAGACGGAAGCAGAAAUGAGGAAACGGCUUGCAGAAGGAGUCAAGAAGAACUAUCAUGACGUUUGGGGUUUCCAGAUUGUGGGCACAUUUGAGAAUCCCCACGAGACUGUCGAAAAGACGGCACCCAUGACGGAUGACGAGAUCGAAUCGGUCAUCAUGGACAUCAGGGAGAUUAAACGGCUGCUUUUCAGCCGCCUCAUCCUCGCAAAGGCAUCCAUGCUACCCGCUGCUAUCCGAGCCCACAGCGUAGAGGAGUUCCUUGACGACGCCGAUGUUGCCGAAUCUGAUCUGCGAGACAUCUGUUUAAAGGUUGCAGACCCUACUCUUCAAGUCAUAAGAGAUGCGUGUGCCGACUUUGCCCGAGGAGACGAAGCGGACGACGACGUUGAGGAUUCUCUCGACGAUGAGGACGAUGAAUCAUUUUCAGAACUGGUCACUGAGGACCGGCGCUAUGCGCAUCUUCAUACCCAUCCCUGGCUAAUAGAGAAAUAUCUCAAGAAAAGUGGUUUGUUUUCACAACAACAGAAAAAGUCCAAGUCACGCAAGACCAAAGUCACAAUUUGUGGCAAAAGCAUCUGGAACCACGCCAGCGAGAAGGCCAUGUCGCGAGAUGGCUGGCUCCAAUUUUCUGUCAUGGCCAAGGACUGCAGCUUUGAAAAUGCCAUCCAGUUAUGCCGCAACUGGGCUGAGUUCUCGGACCUGAAUCUGCUUACUCUCUGGCAAUUCUUCCCAGCGUCCAACUGGGCCGCGUGGGGCAGUAACAGAAUGGUUCAGCAGCUUCAACAACUAGGCUUCUUUCCUUACUUUAUCGAUUUCGAGGCUCAACAAUACAGCCGACAUACUCAGGUCGGUGGUAGAGGCCACGGUCGACGUCAACAUGAUAUUAUUGAGACGCGAAACAUCAUUGUUGGCCACAUGAAGCGCAAUGACGCCGUCACUCGCCGAUUUUUGCAGUAUCUUGUAAUGCGGGCUGGAGAGCUGCUGGUCCUCGUGCGUGAUGGCAAGACUGGUCGCGUCAUUACCGCUCCUCCCGAGGAACAGUUGUGGACAUACCGCCAGAAGCAGGGUAUUGGAAGAGCUUCCAAAAAUGAAUAUGUCAACGUCCUGGAGGUUGGUCCCGUAUAUUUCCAGAUACUUGACGCGUCGCGGAAAUGGCGUUUUGGAUUCGAUGACUAUUACGACGUCUUCAUUUGGGACUUUGUACCUUGUCAAUCGGCCAUAGAAACUUACAACGUCGUCAUACAAGAACUUAAGAAUGCAUGGCGGAUAGCUAAUGCGCGCGACAUUUACGCACACAUGGAGCCGCUCUUGCGCACUCUGACCCGGGAAGAAGGCUCAAUGCGCACUCGGCAAAUUAAGGCAGGCGAGGACGUUGAGACCCUAUGGCACAAGCUGACGGAUGAAACGAACGAGUUCGUGCUUCUCAACAUUAACGGAGAGUCCGUGACUAGUCGAGACGCAUCAGACGCGUCCAUCUCGCCAUAUUUGUUUUAUAACGAAGCCAACGUCGCCGAAGAUCGAGUACUAUUCCCGGAUGAGCUCAUCUCAAACAACCGAAACGUGCCUUUCAGGGAGAUUAAGAAUGGCGUGAAACGAAUCGAGAGCGGUAUUUUACCCAGCAGGCUCCGGCAUGCUAUCAAAAGCCUGAAGGGCAGUGCGCCACUGCAGUUAGAAGAUGAGCUGCGAGGGCCGCCGUCUGACGCGAAUUACGAUGAGGAAGAUGGUCAUCUGUGGGAUCUGCCCAAAUUAUGGGAGUCCGGUAUAGAACAGGUGCGAAAGGAGACGCUUAUUGGUGAACGAAAUAACCUUCUCAAGCGGACGGGGCUAGACGCAAUGCAACAGAGCUUAUCAUUUGGGGAAUGUCUUGAUGAAGCAGACAGCAUGGAACUAAUGGAGCGUGACAGGUCCUCUGAGUUUAAGGAAUCAAUUCAUGAAGGAGAUCUUGAACCAGGAAGUGUUGAGAAGUAUUACCAGGUUCAAGAGAAGAUUGAUGAGAUCCUUCGGCAUAGCCAUUCUGGGUCAACAGACUGGGUCUGGUUUGUCGUCGAGAUAAUGGAUUGGCUUCAAUUGCGUGCCAACUACGAGGACUAUACUCACGACCCCUUCUCGCCAUGGCCACACAGUUUUAUUAUCCACGAUCUAGUCCGGGCAUUUGCAACCAUGGCCAUGUUCUUUCCCGGGUUAGCAGCGACCGAGCUUGUAACCAAGUUUCUUGAGUCAACUGAGUGUAAAGAACUCUGGAAAUCGGAUCUUUUUAGCCCGAAGCAGCGAGCAGUAAACCUGCCUGAUCGAAGAACUCGAACGAGUUACAAAUAUCGCAAACCAGAGUUCUGGGCAAAGUGGAAGGAAGUCUUGGGCUCACGGAACUAUUUCACCGAUGUAUACCCCUUUGACUGGAGCCUUGCGAUCCGCCCCAUCAUUGCACAUUUAUAUCGAGCGGGCGUGGUCGCGCCCGCAUACUAUCAAAGUGAUCCGCAAAUCGUCCCUGGCACGGCCACGGCCAACACGGAGCCUCACCGGCCCGACAAGCUAGAUCUCUUCAUCAACUAUGAAGACCCAUACAACAACUGCCCCCCGACGUACCCCCCCGUCCUAUAUUCACCCACACCAGUGGCCUGCCCUCCUGCCGCUUGCCCAAAAAUUCGCCAAGGACCACCAAAGCGCGCGUUUUGCGCUUCUUCGGCUGUGGUCAGCGCCGCACUUCUACCCUCUGAUGGUUGGGCCGCAAAGCCGACACGGAACCAGCUUCCUCGACGGCGCCGGCCGAACGUGGCAGUGGAAAUUCGUGCCCAAGGAUAUGCCGGGGAGCGAGUUCAGCGCACACCUCACCACUUCCAGGCGAAUAGAACUAUUGCAAAAACAGUUUGGAAAACGUGUCGUUAG